AUGAAGCUUGCUACCUCUUUGGUGCUAAGCUCAUUUGUCCAUCAAGGGCUUGCGGCUCUUGAUUCAAAGGCGAUACUGUCCAAAUAUUUCGGCAAUGAUGCACCGUGGUAUCAGGACCGCAUUCCUCUCUUUGAAUCCAGCGACGCCGACCUCACCGAUACAUACUACUACCGCUGGUCCAUCUUCCGCGCCCACCAACGUGAUCUAGGCGCCUAUGGAUUCAUCUCAACCGAGUUUCUCAACGAUGUCUCCUGGCAAACCAAGCCAUGGGCUUCGCUGAACGAUGCAACAGGCUUCCAUCUCCUAGAGGCUAGAUGGUGCCGUGACCGAAGAUUCAAGGAGGAUUACGCAACCUUCAUGUACAGCAAAGACAGCAGCAGGCGCCAAUUCUCGGAGAGUAUGGCGUCAGCUGUUUGGGAUGGAUAUCUGGUCGACGGGUCGGUGCCUGAUGUCAUCAAACGACUGGAUGCUAUGCAAGUCGUCUAUGAGGCGUGGAAGGACUCGUACGACACUUCAAAGGGUCUGUACUGGGUUGAGCCACUUCGUGAUGCUACAGAGUAUACCAUCUCUAGUAUUGACGCAUCUGGUGGCCUCGAUGGUUUCACUGGAGGAGAAUCAUUCCGACCAACAAUCAACAGCUACCAAUACGCCAACGCCCGGGCAAUCGCCAACAUUGCAGCGCUCAAAGGCGGUUUGGCCAGUACAGUUUCGACGUACAACGGACGAGCGGACGCGCUCAAGCAGCGCGUACAAGACGCACUCUGGAACUCUACAUUCGAGCACUUCAUCGACCGCUUCAAAGUCAACAACCAGCACGUUACCUACUGGAACUUCAUCCGCGGACGCGAACUCGCCGGCAUGGUCCCCUGGACGCACGACCUCCCCGACGACAAAGUCGAGUACGCCCAAGCCUGGAGCCACGUGCUCAACAGCAGUCAGCUGUCCGGCCCCGCCGGGCUCCGUACAGGAGAGCCCAGCUACCAAUACUACAUGCGACAAUACCGGUACGAAGGCAAAAACCCAGAGUGCCAAUGGAACGGCCCCGUCUGGCCCUUCCAAUACACCCAAGUGCUCUCCGGCCUCGCAAACUUCCUCGACCACUACCCCACGGGUGCUCAAACCGGCGUCAUCACACCAAAAGACUACACGGCCAUGCUCCGCAAAUACGCAAAACUCCAUCGAAACCCUUCAACGGGAAUCUUGGAUUUGGAAGAAGAUUACCACCCGGACACCGGUCUCCCCAUUGUCGGCCUCAAGCGCUCCCACCACUACUUCCACUCGGGCUUCAACGAUCUCGUGCUAAGCGGUCUAGUCGGUCUCCGUCCUUCUGCUUCAGACGUCCUCGUCGUAAACCCGCUCUUCGAUUCUUCAUCCAUUGCCUACUUCCGUGCAGAACGCAUCACGUACCACGGCCACGACAUCGCCGUGCAAUGGGACAGCGACGGUUCGCGCUACGGCACUCGCGGGCUUGUGAUUGAAAUCGACGGCAAAGUCGCAGCGCAGCAACUUGACGUCUCCAAAAUUAGUAUUCCGCUGCAGCCCGCACCCGCGCCCACACCGUUUACAAGUCGCAUUGCGAAAUCUAUCCAGCUUAAUGCGUCGACUCCUUAUCCCCGCGGCACCGCGUCCGUGGCGAAUUCAAAUACCUACGCUGCGAUUGAUGGACGUGUGUGGUUCUUUGAUACAGAGGAUGCGGCGAAUGGAUGGGAGUCUCCUGUCGCUACUACCUCCUCCACUGGUGGUGACAUGUGGUUCGAAAUCGACUUCGGUAAACAGGUUACUACGAGUAGUGCUGAAAUCGCGUUUUUCGCAAGUAAAAAUCAGGGCUUUGCGGCACCGAGUAAAUAUAAGGUUCAGGUCCAAGGACAAGGAGGUAGUUGGGGGGAUGUGCAGGGGGCGACGUAUGGAGGUGUGGUGGCGAAUGGGGUUACGCAGGUUGCAUGGACGGCUGUGCAGAGUCAGAAGGUUAGGCUGGUUUUUACGCCUACGGUUGGGGAGAGGGUUAGGUUGGUUGAGUUCAAGGUCUUCUAG